CCUGAGAUCUGUUUACAGACUGCAGAGGAUACGAGCACACAUGAAUCCAGAACCGUCAGUGGCUGGAUGAAAGAUGCAAGAGUCUGUCUGGAUCCCAGAAACUCACUCAGCUUUUAUGCACACACACUGAUUACAAGCAAACAGAUCACAGAUGAGCAGUGCAGUGAGCUCUGAGGUUCUGUUUGAGAAAGUUGAGAAUGCCGGAGUGAUCACACUGAACAGACCUAAAGUCCUCAACGCCCUCAACCUCUCCAUGAUCCGACUGAUUUACCCCCAGCUGAAGAAAUGGGAGAAUGAUUCGGAGACAGCUCUUGUGCUCAUUAAAGGUACUGGAGAUAAAGCGUUCUGUGCUGGAGGAGAUAUCAAAGGUCUUCAAGAAGCAGGGAAAGCAGGAGAUUCUUUAAGAAAGGUCUUUUUCCAUGAAGAGUACACCUUAAACAACGCUAUAGGGACUUUUAGAAAGCCUUAUGUGGCCCUCAUUGAUGGAAUUACAAUGGGAGCUGGUGUUGGGCUCUCAGUCCAUGGGCACUUUCGUGUGGCCACGGAGAAGACGGUGUUUGCUAUGCCAGAGACGGCCAUUGGAUUAUUCCCCGAUGUUGGUGGUGGCUACUUCCUACCAAGACUCCAGGGAAAGUUAGGACUAUUCCUCGGCCUGACGGGGUUUCGGCUCAAGGGUCGAGACGUGCAGAGGUCAGGAGUCGCCACGCACUUUGUCCAGUCAGAGAAGAUCUCAGCUUUGGAGAAGGAUUUGGCAGGUCUGAAGUCUCCCUCGGCUCAUGACGUGACUGCACUCCUUGAUUUUUAUCAAGAGCAGAGCACGCUGGAUGCCGAGAAACCAUUUGUCCUGCAGCAGCACACAGAGGCCAUUGACAGGCUGUUCCAAGGCAACAGUGUGGAGGAAAUCCUGGAGAAGCUGCAGAAGGAUCAGUCUGCAUUUGCACAGAAGCAAGUGGAGACAUUGUUGAAGAUGUCCCCGACGUCGUUGAAGCUCACCUUCAGACAGCUGCAAGCUGGAGCCAGUCUAAGCCUGCAGGAAGUGUUAGUCAUGGAGUACAGACUCAGCCAGGCCUGUAUGAGAGGACACGACUUCUACGAAGGCGUGAGAGCUGUGUUGAUCGAUAAAGAUCAGAGUCCCAAGUGGAAACCAGCGGCGUUAGCUGAAGUCUCAGAGCAGUAUGUGGAGGAAAGCUUCGCUUCUCUGGGAGACCGAGAUCUCAAACUGUGAACUGCGAGUAGAAAGAAUCAGCUAUAGGGCCUGUAGUUUAGCCAGGAGCCCGAUAAGACAUACUGUAGGUUUUUUCUUUCUUUUCGAGACUAGAAAAUGCUGAGACAUGCAGUAAACAUGGAGAAAACACAGCUAAGGAAUAAAAAAAAAGCUCCAUCUGAUCUGCUGACACAUUGCUUAAAAAGGAACAUUGUGUUUGUUUUAAAAGUCAACAUUCAUUUAUUAGGCUGUAACAUUCUCUACAUCCCGUCUGUCUGAAAACGUCUCCACACCACGCUGUGCUUUAUAUCCAAACAAAUCAGCCGUGACUGCUUCAGCUCCUAUGUAAACGUUCAUUUCCACACUGGACUUGGCAGAAUGAAGCGGCUUGACAAGAAAAAAAAUGUGUGUGUGUGUGUGUAUAUAUAUAUAUAUAUAUAUAUAUAUAUAUAUAUAUAUAUAUAUAUAUAUAUAUAUAUAUACACAACUGACAGUUCUGACCAAAUGGCUUCUAAAAUGACUUAUUUUGUGUGCAUAAUUAAUUAAUAAACCAGUAAUACAUAAUUCAUGACAUUUCGGUUUUUUCAGCUUGCACUUAAUUCACUUAAUUUGAUUUUAUAUAUGAUAUAUAUACUGCAACCCUGCUAUAACGAACUCCUUGUGGGACGUCCAAAUAGUUCGUUAUACCAAAAAGUUCAUAAUACUGAAAUGGAGCCACUUGUCACACCAAACACUCAUUCUUGUGUAAAACAAGACCAACUGUGCUUAAUUUACAUUUGCACUCAAUUCACUGACUCAAUUCAAGGAAAUAAGUCAAACUCUGUCGUUUGCUUGCUGUAUCUUCUUUCUUUUCAGCCCGUCAUGUUGAUCAGUUAUGGACGAAGUCUCGGAGCUCUUUUUGCUUGUUUGUUGUUUUUUAAUUUUAAUUUUUUUCUUUUUUUCGGGAUACCAUAUCCUUUAGACCAAGAGUUCUCAGCCUUUUCUGCUUUGAGGCCCACCUAUUCAUAUUUGUAACAAGUCAGGCCCAUUAAAAAAGAGCCCCAAUUAUUUUGGUUCAUCUAUUAGAAUUUAAUUUAUUGUAAAGUGUAUUAAUGGGAUGCAACAUCACUCCCUAUGACAGCUGGGAGCCCAGGAAUUAAAUAAAUGAAGUAAAAACUAA